AAAAAGGCCAGCUCGCACAUGGCUUGCAUCACUUAUUUUUUUAAAAAGUCAAGUAUGUACAAAAUGUCUUUCGGGAGAAGUAUUGUCAAACUUGUUCGCAGUAACGCGGCUUAUAAGUCCAGCGUGUGUAUGCCUUUGACAGAAAAGAGAUGUCUUUCUUCUCUCGCUUCUAUAAAAUGUCGACUUCCUCAAGUCAACAGCAAAACAAGGCACCAAAGAUCAUUGCAUCUCACACACGGGACACAUAAUCAAACAGAUGGUGACAAAGAUCUAGUUAGUUUUUUGCAAGAAGAAAUAAAUUAUGAGCAAGAAAAUGUAAUGGAGGUUCCAGAAUUCAAAGAUUUUAAGGUGGAAAUGAAUGGAACACAUGUUGGCUUAUCCAGGAAGUUCAAUGGUGAAAAAGUCGAGAUAUCUUUUGAUGUGAAUGAAAAUCUAAAUGUUGAUGAAGAAAUUAGCGUAGAGAAUCCUGAAGAGAUUGAUGUUGAUACACCUGAUAUUGUAUCGUAUCCACAAUUUACUGUAAAAAUUACAAAACCUUCCGGAAAAACAUUGCAUUUCAACUGCUCGUGUAACACCAAUCUUAGUGAAGAGGAUUUGGAAGGCGAAACUGCAGAAGACGAACAGUUCGAUUUGUUUCGAUUCGAAAAUGUCAAAAUUUACGAUAAAACGUCACAAAACGAGUCUGUAUUUGAAGCCGACACUGAAACGAUGGACGGGGAAUUGUACAGUAUGCUGAUGACAACUUUACUGGAGCGUGGUGUAAAUGGCGUGUUUAUCAACGAUCUAAUAGAUCUCAGCACGUCGGUCGAACAUCGGCAUUAUUUAACGUUUUUGAAGACACUACAGAGCUUUAUGGCGGGAAAAUGAAGACUGGCGAACACUCCAAACUGGCGGCUACGAGGCAUAAACUUUUUCGAUUGACAGAACUGCGAAUAUUGUAUCGUUUGUAACUUUUAUCAAUAUUUUUGUUAUAGUUACUUUUAAAAUAAUAAAAGAAAUAUUUUCUAA